AUGUAUGGUCAUAUGGAUGUUUAUCUGUUCACAAACAAAUUGUAUAGCAAGGAACAGGAAAAUGAAAUCAAUGUGAGUCUCUUAAUACAGGAUGGUGGUCAGGAGCACGUUGUCCUGUUGGAUGGUUAUGGAAUUAUUUAUAACAUUCGAAGAGCUAAGGACAUUCCCCAGGAACAUUACAUAGCUCUAUCUGUGACCGUGCUGUCAAGUGGGAGAACUGAAUGCCUCGGUGAGCUAUUGAAGAAAACCUGUGCAGAAUCAGAUUUCACCUGCAACGAUGGCCACUGCAUCCCAGCCAGGUGGAAAUGUGACGGUGAAGAGGAAUGCCCUGAUGGGUCUGAUGAAUCAGAAGCGACAUGCACCAAACAAGUGUGCCUAGCUGAAAAAAUUAGCUGUGGAAAUUCAAGCAAUAAAUGUAUCCCAUCAUCCUGGAGAUGUGACGGGGAGAAAGACUGUGAAAACGGAAUUGACGAGGCUGGUUGCACUACUGUCUGUUCUUCCAGUGAGUUCCAGUGCAGUAACAAGACCUGCAUAGCCAUGAUCUUCGUGUGCGAUGGUGACAACGACUGUGGCGAUGGCAGUGAUGAGAGGAAGUGCUCGCCACUCACCUGCAACCCUAAUGAGUUCCAGUGCAACAACAGCAUAUGCAUCCCAGAGGCCUGGGUCUGUGACAACCAGCCCGACUGUGAAGACCACUCAGAUGAAUCAAUGGAGAAGUGUGGCUACAAAGUCAAGCCUCAGGUGCUGAACUCCUGUGCGGCCUACGAAUUCAGGUGUGGCAAUGGGGAGUGCAUCCACUUGAACUGGAAGUGCGAUGGCGAUGAGGACUGCAAAGACAAGUCAGACGAGCAGGAUUGUCGUCUGGUGACCUGCCGCCCUGAUGAGUUCCAGUGUGGGGAUGGGACUUGUAUCCAUGGAGCAAAGCAGUGCAACAAGGUGCACGACUGUCCUGACAACAGCGAUGAGGCAGGCUGCAUUAACGAGUCCACGUGUGAAAGCCCCAGGAAGUUUCAGUGUAAAAAUGGAGAGUGCAUUGAUGGAGUCAAAGUGUGCGAUUCACAUAGAGACUGCAGGGACGGGUCUGACGAGCCUGUGAAAGAAUGUGAACAAAAUGAAUGCUCGAUCAACAACGGUGGGUGCUCACACAUAUGCAAAGACUUGAAGAUCGGUUAUGAAUGUGAAUGCCCUCCCGGAUACAAGCUUCUGGAUAAAAAAACGUGUGGAGACAUAGAUGAAUGUGAGAAUCCAGACGCUUGUAGCCAGAUCUGCAUUAAUUACAAGGGGGACUACAAAUGUGAAUGCUACGAGGGAUACGAGAUGGACACCCUGUCUAAGAACUGCAAAGCCGUAGGCAAGAGUCCAUACCUGAUCUUCACCAACCGCCACGAGGUGCGCAAGAUCGAUCUGGUGAAAAGGGACUACGCUCGCAUCAUCCCCAUGCUGAAGAAUGUGGUGGCUUUGGAUGUGGAGGUGGCAACAAACAGGAUAUACUGGUGUGAUUUGUUCUACAGAAGGAUAUACAGUGCCUACAUAGACAAAGCCAGCGACACAGCCGAGCAGGUGAUUUUGAUAGACAGUCAGCUGAACUCCCCCGAAGGCCUGGCGAUGGACUGGGUUCACAAGAACAUCUACUGGACAGAUUCAGGAAACAAGACCAUCUCAGUGGCCACUGCUGAUGGAAGCAAGAGGACGACACUUUUUAGCACUGAUCUAAGCGAGCCCAGAGCCCUUGCAGUUGAUCCGACACGGGGAUACAUGUACUGGUCUGAUUGGGGCGACAAAGCUAAAAUUGAAAAAUCUGGCCUGAACGGUGUGGAUCGGCAAGUGCUGGUAACAGACAACAUUGAGUGGCCGAAUGGCAUCACACUCGAUUUGCUGAAUCAGCGUCUCUAUUGGGUGGACUCCAAGCUGCACUUACUUUCAAGCAUUGACUUCAAUGGUGGCAAUAGGAAAGUUCUCAUCUCUUCUGCUGAUGACCUGAGCCACCCUUUUGGAGUAGCUGUGUUUGAGGAUAAGGUGUUCUGGACUGACCUGGAGAAUGAGGCAAUCUUCAGUGCAAACAGGUUGAAUGGCCUGGACAUCUCCAUUUUAGCAGAGAAUCUCAAUAACCCCCAUGAUAUUGUGGUCUUUCACGAGCUAAAGCAGCCGAAAGCUCCCAAUUCCUGUGAGCUCAGCUCUCAAUCCAAUGGAGGCUGUGAAUACCUGUGUCUUCCCGCACCUCAGAUCUCUCUCCAUUCCCCCAAGUAUACGUGUGCCUGUCCUGACAACAUGUGGCUGGGCCCUGAUAUGAAGAAAUGCUACAAAGAUCUUCCAGCUGCCUCAACAACUGAGCCAGUUUCAGCCAUCACCACUACUAUGAUUUCCACCAUCAUCGCAGCUACAACUAGCAACAUCAGCAAUACCAGUAGAGAGAACUCAGGAGCUGUAUCACAAUUCUCCAUCACAACCCCAGGUGUUGGUUUACCCACAACCACAUCCAGCCUAAUAGGCACAAAGAUAAUGACAACUGGAAAUAGCAAUUUAUCCCAGCACUAUGCCAUUGAUGGGCAAGGUUUUGGAUCAACUGUUACCACAGCCAUUAUUGGAAUUGUAGUUCCUCUUGUGGUCAUUGGUUUGCUGUGUAUGGGAGGGUAUCUCAUCUGGAGGAACUGGAAAAGAAAGAACACUAAAAGCAUGAACUUUGAUAACCCUGUGUACAGGAAGACAACAGAAGAAGAGGAUGAAGAGGAAAUCCAUAUUGGGAGGACUGCACAAAUUGGGCAUGUCUACCCAGCACGUGUAGCAUUGAGCCUGGAAGAUGAUGGGUUACCAUGAGGACCAAGUCGCUGCUCUAGUCCCAUACCUAAUGGAAUAAUAUGCACUG